UUUCUGACGGAGCGGAUGAUGGUAUUCUUGGGCGCUUGAAGGCUUUCUUUUUUAACUUGCAACAAACGUUACAUAUUAAGGUGUGCCGUGGCGUAAUGCCCCGGGGGGACCAGCGAAGUCUGCGUUAGGACCCUGAAGAAAAGCGUUCGUUUUUGGCAGGAGGAGAAGGCCCCUGUGCCACCAUGGCUCUUACUGACAAACACAAAGUGAAAAGACAGCGACUGGACAGAAUCUGCGAGGGUAUUCGGCCUCAGAUCAUGAAUGGUCCGAUGCACCCGCGUCCUCUUGUGGCGCUGUUGGAUGGGCGUGACUGUACAGUGGAGAUGCCCAUCCUUAAAGACCUGGCAACGGUUGCUUUUUGCGACGCCCAGUCCACCCAGGAAAUCCACGAGAAGGUGUUGAAUGAGGCAGUGGGCGCUCUGAUGUACCAUACCAUCACUCUGACCCGCGAGGAUUUGGAGAAGUUCAAAGCCCUGCGCAUCAUCAUUCGCAUUGGCAGUGGCUACGAUAACAUCGACAUCAAGGCAGCAGGAGAACUGGGCAUUGCAGUGUGUAAUAUUCCUGCAGCAGCGGUUGAAGAGACGGCCGAUUCGACCAUAUGCCACAUCCUGAACCUGUACCGACGGAACACCUGGCUGUACCAGGCUCUCCGGGAGGGCACGCGGGUCCAGAGCGUGGAGCAGAUCAGAGAGGUGGCCUCUGGAGCCGCCCGUAUCCGUGGAGAGACACUGGGUCUCAUUGGCUUUGGUCGUUCGGGGCAGGCAGUGGCGGUGAGAGCCAAGGUGUUUGGCUUUAAUGUGAUCUUCUAUGACCCGUACCUUCAGGACGGGCUGGAGCGCUCUCUGGGUGUGCAGCGCGUUUACACACUGCAGGAUCUGCUCUACCAGAGUGACUGUGUGUCUCUGCACUGCAACCUGAAUGAACACAACCACCAUCUCAUCAACGACUUCACCAUCAAACAGAUGCGUCAGGGUGCGUUCCUGGUGAACACGGCCAGAGGGGGACUGGUGGAUGAGAAGGCCUUGGCCCAGGCGCUGAAGGAGGGAAGAAUACGUGGAGCAGCUCUGGACGUGCACGAAACCGAACCCUUCAGUUUUGCACAGGGUCCUCUGAAGGAUGCUCCUAAUCUGAUCUGUACUCCCCACACAGCGUGGUACAGUGAACAGGCCUCUCUCGAGAUGAGAGAGGCUGCAGCCACCGAGAUCCGCCGUGCUAUUACCGGCCGUAUUCCUGACAGUCUGAGAAACUGCGUCAACAAGGAAUUCUUCGUUACCACGGCACCCUGGGCUGUCAUGGACCAGCAAGGCGUACAUCCUGAGCUCAACGGCGCCACCUACAGGUACCCACCGGGCAUUGUUGGGGUGACUCCAGGGGGCAUCCCAGGGGCGAUGGAGGGCAUGGUGCCAGGAGGAGUACCGGUGGCUCAUACACUGCCCUCGGGCACACACCCCUCCCAAGCUCCCUCCCCCAACCAGCCCUCCAAACAUGGAGAGACAAGAGAGCACCUGACUGAGCAAUAG